ACGGGCUCCAUUUACUUCUUUCUUCACGUUUAUUUAUUAGCCAUUUUCCCAACUCUUCUUUUUGUCUUUCUGUUUCUCUCUUUCUGUUUCAAUAUUCUUUCAAACCCCUUCUCUCUUCUGUCCUUCUACAUACUUACAAUAUUUUUCUUAAAAAAAUAUAUCUUUUCUUUGGUUAAGCUAUGGCAGUAGAAUCAACGGCCCUGAUCACUCGGAACUUGCUCGGCGGAUGUUCAACCCUUGAUUCAAAGGAGUUGGACCUCGACUUGCAGGUUCCUUCUGGCUGGGAAAAGCGCCUCGACUUGAAGUCAGGAAAAGUGUAUCUACAAAAGAAAAGUUGUUCAAAUUAUUUCUCAUCAAUGAAUAAGCAACCAAAAUAUCAAACAGUUGGAAAGUUUCAAGAUCUCAACUUUCCUCUCAGUCUAUUUGAGGAUACCAAGUUAGACCUAAAACUACUAUCGUCGUCGUCGUCAUCGGGUUAUAAUCAUAGUGUGUGCACCCUUGAAAAAGUAAAAUUUGCUUUAGAAAGGGCAGAGAAGGAAUCAUUAAAGAGGAAGCGCUCCGUACCAGAAUCAGUAGUACUCAGGUCUAUCACAUCAUCUCCUACUUCAAAUUCUUCAAUAUCAUCAAUCAAGGAUACAGAUAUUACUAAUCAGUACGACAUGAAUUCAUUUGCUUCUGGUUGUCCAAGUUGUCUCCUUUACGUGCUGAUAUCAAGGACCAAUCCAAGAUGUCCGCGAUGCGAUACAAUUGUUCCAAUAUUGCCUGUGCUAAGCAUGAAAAAACCUCGUAUUGACCUUAACAUAUCCAUGUAAACCUGAGUUAGACGAUUUUUGUAAAGAUAUAUAGAGAGAGAUACAUUGUCUUGUAAGUUACAGAACACGAUAUAUUUAUAUACUCGUAAGAUAUGGUAGCAAAGAGAUUGAAGUUCCUUCUUUGAUAAAGUGGUUGUCUUAUAUGCAGAAAUCUUUUGUUCAUGUCCGCAACAGUGGCGGAACUACCUUAUAUUGUGUACGUAGGUAAAAAGAAAAUUUUAUAUGUAUAUAUACUAUGUAUUGACUUCCCUUAA